AUGCCAACACUCUUGGAUAUACCGGACUUGGUUAUGAGACGUAUUUUGAAAGACGCUGAUUUCAAACAAAUUUUCCGUCUCCGAAAAGUGUGUAGUCCGCUUCGCACCUUCCUCGACCUCACUCUUCAACCAGAUAUCCAACUCGAAUGGAUUCAAUUGUCAGCCAUCACAAAUGGAAUGUCUUGCUAUAUGGGGACGAAUGUGGACGAUUAUAAAAAUAAAAAGUAUGACAAACAAAGAACCGCUUCCUUCGUUUUGGUUGAUACCGACAUGAAACAGUGGCAAGAUUUGGCGAUGAUUUUGAGAUAUCAAAAAUCUAGUUUGAAGUUUCUGAAAUUGAUGUGCAGUCUUGAAGAGAACAUGGAUGGAUAUGACAAGUUUUUGGAGUUUUUCAUGACAAUUCUAUCCACCAAUGAGACUCAACUUCGAGUAUCAAAUCUCAAAAUGCAUGCAAUGAAUCAAACUCAAGUUCUUCGAGUCCUUCCAUACUUGGAUCCAAAAGACUUGGUCAGUAUUUCAAUUGAAAAUUCAAUGGUAUUCGAUACUCGUGGAGGAGAUAUGGAGAUUGAUGAAAUCGUACAAACGGAACAAUACCAGAAAGCCAAAGGGUUAAUAAUGACUCUUCUCGAAAUGCCGGAUGUUGUUAUGAAACGUAUUUUAAACUUUUCCGAUAUUAAAACAAUAUUCACUCUUCGAAGAGUUUGUCAUGGAUUCCGUGAAUAUAUUGAUUCAAAGAAACCGGAUAUUGCUCUCACUUCAAUUUGUUUUCAUGUAACUUCCAAUGGAUUUUCGUGUGAAAUGGGAUCCAAUACAUUCAAUCACUUGAAAAUUCGAUAUAUGGACAGUCGACUAAUUUAUUUGGGUCCACCACGAGAACCAGUAGAGAAUGAAUAUCUGCUCAAGAGCGAAAAUCCGAUGGAACUGUUCCUUGAAGACGUUGGAAGAAUUCUGACUCAUCAGAAGUCAAGUUUAUCAUUUCUGAGUAUUACAGUGCAGUAUAUGAGAUACAUUCCGGAGUACAAUCAACUGUUGGAAUUCAUCAAAAAUAUAUUGGAGACCAGAAAUACUCCAUUACGAGCUGUUUCAUUCCGAAUGUCCGCGUUGGAACAGGAUGAAGUAAUGCAAAUGUUGCCACUGUUGGAUCCAAGUCAUAUUUCGAAUAUCCAGAUCGUUGAGACAAUUAUUAAUUCAUAUGCAUUCUUGACCACUUCCACGUGUAACCAAUUCGAUCUUCACUACAAACAUUUCACCGAUGGUCACCAAUUCAUUCAAACAUUGGGAGAACCGAUUCUUGAAGAAGGUUCAUUUGUAAGCAAGUGGUACUUUGGAAUCCCAAAUUCAAGUGACGUCAUUCUUAUCGCCUAUACUGAACCGUACAGACAAAUUCAAUUUAUACGCGGUGAAUGGAUAAUACCAGACGAUGUGGUUGUAGUCGAAGGAGAUAGGAAUGAGAAUGCUGAACUUGAACAAUGA